GCUGUCACGGCGGCGAAGAGGUGCGCGGGGAGAGCGGCGCUGGGUACAGGCGGCAGCAGGAGGAGGGCAGCGCAGGAGGCAGAGGGGAGAGCGCUGCUGCACUCACACACACAGCAGCACUGAUACACGCAUAGCAGCCGGGAGGUAAUGCAGCAGCGCAGAGUGUACUGGCAGUGACCAGCAGCCGGCUGCCUGCACAUAUCCCGGGAUCACAUUAUAAAAUCUCCCUUUGCGCUAAUUGGGUACUGCCCCAAGCUCGCAGGUGUGCGCGCCCCUGUGCCAUCCUGUGACACCCCAACACCUGCUGCGGCUCUCUGCGCUCCCAUGGUGGCCCUGUGGGGCUAGCAGCGGCGGCGGCCCCGGGGUAUAUGUGUCCGGAUCAGGCUGCGGGUCUUUCCCUGCGGUCUUCAGGGGGCGGAGAGGGGGAAUCUUCCUGCUGCCAAGAAGAGCGGAGUGUGCAGAUGUAAAUAAGACUCUUCCUCCUUCUCCUCCUCCUCCGCUGCUGCUGGGUGAUGAGGAGGAGCCCCAGGGUCCCCACCAAGACUUCGUAGCCACGGAGGGGGCAGACCUGUGCCGCCCUGUGUACCCCCAUCCUCCCAGCAGCAGCCACUCACCCAUGAGCCCCAGGAGGAGCCCUGAUGUGCAGCCUGCUGUAGUAGCCGGGGAAGGAUAAGGCAGCAGCAUCCCUGCCGCACACAUGCCCGGAGCCGCGGCCGGUACCAUGCUGCCAUGCUGAUGCCGCCGCUGCUCAGAGAAGAAGACCGGCCGGGUGUAGUAGGAGGCGUCCAAUCAGGGAUCCCGAUGUCCCCAUCAUUCGGGGGUUAGUGCGGGAGGAGCGGCCCCCGGGAGCAGGAGACUCGCUUCCUAUCACUGCUCCCUGCGGUCUGGGGCUGUGCAGAGGGACAUGCGGGAGGGCGGCCGCAGCGCAUCGCCGGCUGCAGGACACGACGCAUCCCCGCCGCUCGCACUGACUGCUGGCAGCGAGGACUGAAGAGGGCACCCAGCAGCAGCAGCGAGGACUUGGCUCAGGAGGCAUCAAAGCAUGGGCUGUGCUCCAAGCAUCCACAUCUCUGACAGCAGGGUGGUGUAUCACAGUGGCAAAGAGUCUGACGACUCCAACUCUCCCCACCAGACCAACGCACUGUCUCAGCAGCAAGGCAACUCUGUCCCUGGAUUAUUCAUUAAAUCCUCUAACACAUCCACUUAUAAGGUGAGGGCUAAUUCCUCUAAGAAAGGCAGGAGGGAGCACAGCCAGAGCAUGGAGGCAGAGGUACACACCAGCAGAUCCAGUGUGAAGGCAGCUGUAACAGAAGUGCAGUUUGGUCCAAUGAGACUCCACCAAGAUCAACUUCAGGUACUUUUAGUAUUUGCCAAAGAAGAUAGCCAGAGUAAUGGAUUCUGUUGUGCGUGUGAGAAAGCAGGCUUUAAGUCUAACAUUGCCAAGACACCAGAAUCUGCUUUGGAAAGCUUUUUAGAUAAACAUCAUGAAAUUAUCAUUAUCGAUCAUAGGCAGACACGAUGUUUUGAUGCAGAAGCUCUAUGCAGGUCCAUCAGAGCUAUCAAACCCUCAGAAAACUGUGUCAUAAUUGCUGUAGUUAGAAGACAAAGUGACCGAGAUGAAACGUCGAUAAUGCCCCUAAUAUCUGCUGGAUUUACCAGGAGGUAUGUGGAGAAUUCCAAUAUCAUGGCCUGUUACAAUGAGCUUAUUCAGUUAGAAUAUGGAGAAGUACGUGCACAAUUUAAAUUAAGGGCUUGUAAUUCACUAUUUACUACACUAGAGAAGAGUCAAGAAGCCAUUGAAAUUACAAAUGAGGAUCACAAAAUACAGUAUGUGAAUCCUGCUUUCGAAAGUAUGAUGGGUUAUCAGAAGGAUGAACUAUAUGGAAAAGAAUUAAUUGAAGUGCCUAAUAAUGAAAAAAAAUCUGAUUUCAUAGAUAAUAUUAAUUCUUGUAUAAAAACAGGAAAGGAAUGGGAAGGUGUUUACUAUGCCAAAAACAAAAAUGGUGAUAAUAUCCAGCAAAAUGUAAAGAUAAUUCCUGUUUUUGGACACCGAGGUAAGAUCAGACACUAUGUGUCUAUUAGCCGGCCGUGUAAUGACAACAAUAAGGUAGAAAAACAGUGUGAGCGAGUUCAGGCUGAGUCUCAAACAGAUAUCCAGAGUUGCAGACACAAGGACAGGCGGAAAGGUUCCUUAGAUGUUAGGUCAACCACCUCCCGAGGAAGUGACGGUAGUUCACAGAGGCGGCAUUCUUCAAUGGCAAGAAUACAUUCAAUGACUAUUGAAGCCCCUAUUACAAAGGUAAUAAACAUCAUCAAUGCUGCACAAGAAAACAGCCCGAUGCCAGUGGCAGAAGCCUUGGACCGAGUGCUGGAGAUCUUAAGAACCACAGAAUUGUAUUCUCCGCAGCUCGGAACCAAAGAUGAGGAUCCUCACACCAGCGACUUGGUUGGAGGUUUGAUGACAGAUGGGUUACGAAGACUAUCAGGGAAUGAGUACAUGUUCUCAUCAAAGCACGUCCAUCCAGCUUCUGGGCACCUAAUCUCAUCUUUCUCCCUUACUGACAUCCCCCCGCGGAUAGCACAAGCAAUGGAGAAUGAAGAGGAUUGGGAGUUUGAUAUUUUUGAAUUAGAGGCUGCCACUCAUAAAAGGCCUUUAGUUUACCUUGGCCUUAAACUGUUUGCUCGAUUUGGGGUUUGUUCAUUUCUAAACUGCUCAGAAGCUACGUUGAGGUCUUGGCUGCAUGUUAUUGAGUCAAACUACCAUUCAGGCAACGCUUACCAUAAUUCAACGCAUUCCGCCGAUGUCUUACAUGCCACUGCUUACUUCCUGUGCAAAGAACGAGUGAAGCAAACCUUGGACCAGAUUGACGAGGUUGCUGCUCUUAUUGCUGCCACUGUUCAUGAUGUGGAUCAUCCUGGGAGAACAAAUUCAUUCUUGUGCAAUGCUGGAAGUGAGCUGGCAAUCCUUUAUAAUGAUACAGCGGUGUUGGAGAGCCACCAUGCUGCACUGGCCUUCCAGCUGACAACGAGAGACGACAAGUGCAAUAUAUUCAAAAACAUGGAGAGGAAUGAAUACCGCACUCUGCGGCAAGCAAUCAUCGAUAUGGUUCUAGCAACAGAAAUGACGAAGCACUUUGAACACGUUAACAAGUUUGUCAACAGCAUCAAUAAGCCAUUAGCUGCACUGGAUGAAAAUGAGAGCACCGUCAGUGAAGAUGACUCGGUGAAAAACGUACUGACGUCUCCUGAAAAUAGGAUAUUAAUAAAGCGGAUGCUUAUAAAGUGUGCAGACAUUUCCAAUCCAUGCCGAGCGCUGGAGCAGUGCAUAGAGUGGGCUGGUAGGAUAUCGGAGGAGUAUUUUGCACAGACGGAUGAAGAGAAACGCCAAGGUUUACCUGUGGUAAUGCCUGUGUUUGACAGGAAUACAUGCAGUAUUCCUAAAUCUCAGAUCUCAUUUGUGGAUUAUUUCAUCACUGACAUGUUCGAUGCAUGGGAUGCAUUUGCGGACUUGCCCAACUUAAUGCAACAUAUGGAUAACAAUUUCAAAUAUUGGAAAUCACUAGAUGAAAGACAGCUAAAGACUUUGCGGCCGCCCCCUGAAUAGCUAAAUCUGGCACCCAGUAACACCUCUCAGCCAAUGAAGCUCACCCUAAUAGGAGUCCGAUUAGUUUUGGUUAAUUCACUGUUACCAAAACCUGCUUCUUCAUCUUACAAGAACGUUCAUGUAACAAGGAUUGUCAGGUCAAGCGUUACCUCCAGUACCCUGCAGUAAACUUUAAAGACACAAAACAAAUAAGCCUUUUGCAUUACUUUAUCUCACAAGUUAAAUUACACUGGAUUGCUGCAAUAUCAGUACUGACGGGUUCUACACAAAAUAGCUGUUCAUUUUCUUCAUGCCUUUAUGAAAACCUUGAAGAGACCUUGGAUAAAAGUUUUCUCCAAGAGAUCGCUCAAAGAAAACAAAAAAACAAACUGAAAUUUGCAAGUGAAGGAAAUCAUCUUUCGUGUCUCGCAGCUUUUAAGAGAACACUCUGCUUUUUUUUUAAAGCACUUAUAGUUGUAACAAUCAACACAUUAAAAUGCACUCUUUAUCAAGGAGUUUUUGAUCUCUAAAAAUAGAUCUACUCUAUUUUUUAAUAUCACAGAUGGGGCAAUCACUCACCUCUGCACUCUACUGAUAGGGAGCUUCUCAUGGCUGUUUAGUAGCAAAUUGUAUAAAGAAAAAUACACAGAAGAGUUUUGAACUUGAUCAUUAGCAUCUAUGAUUAAAAUAUGUUUUAUUUAUUUUAUUAGAUGUUCAAUAUUUUCUAUGAAUUUAUAUAAAAAAAAUAACAAAAAAUAAAAAGCCAAAGCCAACUUUAGAUGCGUUACAAAUUCACAUGAUUCAUAGUCAUUACUAUACCUUAAUUGAUGUACAAACCUUUUAUUUUCAUAAAAAUAUUAUUCAAAUGACACAUUUGUAUUGCACUGUAAGUCUCACUGAUUUAUGUUGAUUGAAAAUGUUCCUUAUUCUGAAUGGUGUUGCAGAGGAUCCAGUUGCAUUUAGUGCCACAGGACAGGCAUGUAAGACUAUUUAAUUUGGUAAUGGCCAGGUUUUACUAUCAGUUGUUUUUACCCUGUGAUGCCAGUGGGCGCCAGGAGUUGCUAUGCAAUGUGUUGGAAGUUCCACUGGUUCCUAGGGGAGAGGGUGGUGCUUGCUCUUCCCUCUCCCGUAUUUUGCAGUUUGGUUCCCUAUCAGAAGUCUGCCUUAUUUUCUACAAUAUUUCUACAAUGCAUUCCACAGCAAAGAUGGAGGGAGAGGUAAAAUAUAUUUAAACAUUUUGUAGCUUCUCUAUUUUGUUUUGCAAAGGUAUUACUUAACUCCAGUUUGGAAAGGUAUGUACCUUCACAAAUUAAAUAAGACAUUCACAGUAAGCACCAGUAACAAUAAAGUGUAUAUUUUAAGAAUUGUCAA